AUGGCUUAUUGGUUCCUGGUGUCGGGAGUCCACGAUGAUCCUGAUCGCCACGAGUGGAUCUUUUUUGAAGUGGGACUUGACUUGACUCGAUCAGCGGUUUUCUGCAAUGAACGAUCUCGAGCUCAUUAUCUCAACUUUCAACAAUUCCACAACACACAACACAACGAAAAAAGACGAAACAUGAAGCUCACUGGGUUCACCUUGGCAGUCGCUUUUGCCACAGCCAAACUCGCCACAGCGCAAACCCCAUUGGCUGUCGACUUCCCAACUGGUGCUUCGGUUAUUGGAUCUUCUGAAAACGGGGUGGAUUCAUUUUUGGGUAUUCAGUAUGCCACCGUCGGCGAUAGGUUUUCAAGAAGCAUUCAAUUGGAUCUUCCCGAUGACGUUGAAACAAUAGCAAAGGAGUAUGGCAGUAACUGUCACCAGGCUUAUCCCGGGUUGCCCGAGUUUCUCUAUCAGCCUCGCCAGGAAGCAGAGGAGUGCCUCUAUCUGAAUAUUUGGCGCCCGUCGAAUAUUUCUCUCGAAGAACCGUUGCCCAUCAUGGUCUGGAUUCACGGAGGAGGUUUUAUGAUUGGUUCUGGAGCCGAUGCGGUUUACAAUGGUUCCAACCUAGCACGCAGUCAACAUGUCAUGGUGAUAACGCUGAACUAUCGGUUGGGGGCGCUUGGAUUCCUGCCUCAGGAUGACACUGGAGUAGGCGCCAUGAAUGGCAUUUAUGACCAAUUGAUGGCACUGAAGUGGGUUCAAUCAAAUGCAGCAGGGUUUGGUGGCAACGUCGACGAAGUAACACUGCUUGGAGAGAGUGCUGGGGGCGAGUCCAUCUGCAUGCUUUCCGUUUCUCCGCUUGCGAAAGGUUUGUUUCACCGAGCUGUUCUUCAGAGUGGUGAGUGCAGGUUCAACCACUGGAUGAGAGAUGUCCCAAAUGAAGACUACGAGUAUGCCUUUGAAGCUGUCUCCAAUCUGAUUAAUGCUACCGGCGUGGUGUCAUUGGAUGAACUCAAGAAUUCUUCUCUAGUGGAUGCCGCGAGCUUGAACUUUAUGUCGGCUGCAGUUGGCUGGUCUGUCAUUGUCUUGGAUCGUGAAAUUCUUCCGGAACACCCACGAGUCCUUUAUGAGGACCCAGAAAACAUUGUCCCAUCUGCAUUCUUGGUUGGAGCCAACUCGAACGAAGACACAACCUUUAUGGGCGUUUCUACAGACAUAUAUCUGCAACUUGCCGAGUUUGGUUUGAACGAGUCCAUUCACUCGCUUGUUGGGAGCAUGUACGGUUCUCAAAUAGCUGCGGAUGUUUGGGACGCGUACAAUGCUGAGGACAACUACGAUAACGAUGUCACAGCAGCCUUCAGCCAGUUCCAUGGCGAUUGGUACAUCCGUUGUCCAACUCGAGCCUUUGCUUCUCACGUGGCUCCGCUGGUCCCCGAAAACGUAUACAUGUACAACUUUGCUCACUUUAGCAUCACUGAUCCCAUGAUGUUCUUUGGAUUGGCACCGUUCGUUGACACAACAACUUGGUCCUCGCAUUUGGCCAUGAAUCCGUUUGUCUUUGGUACCUUGGAUGGUUGGGUACAUGACUUUGUGAACGGGUCACUGACCCAAGAGGAUUGGGAUCUCAGCGACGAGAUUAUGACAAGGUUUGCCAACUUUGCAAAGUCGGGUAACCCCAACGUUGUUGCUGACCAGAGUGAUGUGACUCCAUUGGUCGAAUGGAAGCCGGUGCCCGCUGGAAGGAACGAAAUCACCACAUCCUUCCUUCGUUCAUCAUCAUCAUCUGUGGAAGCCUCCAAUAGCAGUCUACCUGUGUUGGUGUUUUCCCUUGGAACGAGUCAACUGGAAGCUCUGCCGGAAAAGACACACCAAUGUGCAGCGUUUCCCUUUGAUAGUGUUGAUGUCAACUCCCCCAGCAUCACGAAUUCCAGCAGCGAACCGGAAAACGAGCUAGCCGUUGACAAACAAGAUGCCAGUAAUGACCAAGCAACAAAAGAGGAGCUUGAAGGUGCCCUUCACUCUUCGUCUGGAAGGAUUGUGUGGAACAGUGAACAGAAGGUCGUCUGUGUAACAGGUUUUGCCCUUUUGUUCUUGUUGGGAUUCUAG